UUUAACCGGGUGGUAGGUGGGGCCUAGAAUAGUUCCCUUACUGAACUUUGCGCCGUUUCUCAAUCGGUGGAACGUCGAUAUCGACGUGGGACGGCUAUGGGGGGAGAAUAUUCUCAUCGAGGAAGUUGAGUGCUAUAGUUGUUAGUGAAACGCGCAACGCCGCUUUAAGUUAGAAUGCCGCCGCAGAGAGUGUGCGCUCUACCAAGGCAACAGUCAUUAUUCCUUCCGGCGGUCCUAAAUCCGUUUGUUCAAGAGGUGAAAUUGGCCAAAGCUGAUGUAAUAAAAUGUGUACUCCUUGGAAUUUUCCUGGUUCCUAUCCGAGCCAUUCUCAUGUGUCUGGUUCUCAUGGUAACAUGGCCGGUAGCUGUCAUAACAACAUUCAUGCACCCCCUGAAAGGUGCAGUGGAGCCCAUGACGGGAUGGAGAAGGUUCAUGUGUCGAAGGGUGAUGGCAGCUCUGGGGAGGACUUACUACUUCUGCAUGGGUUUUAGAGUGGUGGUGAAAGGGAAGCAGGUCAAUAGUGCUGAAGCCCCCAUCUUGGCUGUAGCACCCCACUCCACCUUUUUUGACGGCAUCGUGUGCAUUGUUGCAGGCUUGCCCUCCACUGUAUCUCGAGCAGAGAACCUAGCAACUCCUAUAUUUGGCCGGUUUGUGCGCUGUCUCCAGCCAGUGCUGGUGUCCAGACAGGACCCAGACUCUCGUAAGAACACCAUUCUGGAGAUCGAAAGCAGAGCCAAGUCUGGAGGCUGCUGGCCACAGGUUCUCAUUUUUCCUGAGGGAACAUGCACCAAUCGCUCGUGUCUCAUCACAUUCAAGCAAGGUGCCUUCAUCCCAGGGGUCCCUGUACAGCCUGUUGUCAUGAGGUAUCCCAACCUACUGGACACUGUGACUUGGACUUGGCAAGGCUUUAGCUUGAAAACCCUGUUGCUGCUCACGCUGUCCCAGCUCUACACCACUGUCGAGAUUGAGUUCCUCCCCCCACACAUUCCCACUGAUGAGCAGAAGAAGAGCCCAGCUGAGUUCGCCAGCGCCGUGAGAGAUCUUAUGGCCAAGGCCCUAGGAGUCCCCGUAACGGACCACACCUAUGAGGACUGCAGACUGAUGAUCACAGCAGGGGAACUGACUCUGCCCAUGGAGGCAGGCCUAGUGGAGUUUACCAAGAUCAGCCGCAAACUCAACCUGAAGUGGGACAACGUGAAGAAGGAGCUGGAGGGCUUUGCCGCCAUGGCCUGCUCCUGUCAGGGAGGCCGCAUCAACAUCCAGGAGUUUGCUACCUUCCUCAAGCUGCCCCUCAACCCUGCUCUGCAGGAGCUGUUUGCUCUCUUUGACAGGGAUGGAGAUGGUACCAUUGACUUCAGAGAAUACGUCAUAGGUGUGACGAUCCUGUGUCGACCAGCAAACACAGGAGAGGUCCUUCAGAUGGCUUUCAAGUUGUUUGACACAGACGAGGAUCAUCGAAUCACAAGAGAGGAGUUCUCCUCUCUGCUGCGCUCAGCUUUGGGUGUCUGUGACCUCAACGUCUCCAAGCUCUUUAAGGAGAUCGACGCAGACUGCUCUGGCUACAUCACCUAUGCUGAGUUCCAGACCUUUGCCCUAAACCAUCCAGAGUACGCCAAACUUUUCACCAACUACCUGGAGCUCCAGCGGCACCAGGCAUUCCAGGCGGUAGACACUGACAAUCUAGACCAGCCAUCAGCCAAUCAUUUAAUCCCGGGAGACAUCCAGGAAGACAGCACGUCUGACAAGAAGGACGAUUGACAUUGAGACUUGAAUGCAUCUUGCUGCAAUGAUGCAAUGCACUGGACAUGGAAGCACAACAGGAUAGGUUGCACAAACUCAUAACUUAGAGAAGUGAAACCUGUAUCAACACCUCAUAGCCAUAGGAAAUACCUCUUAUGAAAUAGAAUGUAGUUGGCUUGCCUUCUGAAAUUCAGUAAAAAAAACUUUGGGAUGUACUAUUAUCAUCUUUUAGUGCCUUAUAGAGAUUCAUACCAGCCAUUGGCCACAUUACUGCACUGAAAGUGUUAAAUCAUCGACAUAAACUGCACUUUUUUAUGUUAGACAUUAUUUUUUAAGAAAAGAGAGAUUUGCAAGCACUGGCUUCUGUGGAAUGAUUUUAGGAAGUGUGGUAAACUGAGCAAAAAAAUGUUUCGUCACCCCCUGCAUGUUGCGUUAAGGUAUCCAAUCAUUGUACCUAUUGUGUUUUUUUGUUUUUUUGCAAAACCUUGUGAGGUCUUCAUAACUGUUCGGCAGUCUGCGUAAUCAAAUACUUAACAGAGAUCAUCCUUCUUGGCAACUGUAAAAGAAACAGCACUAAAUCUACAGUAGGUACCGUACAUCUGAAAAAGAGCAUGCAUGCUGCGUUUUACACUUUUUCCCGCUCAGAGACCAACAUUGUACAUCUGCUGUAUAAUUAUCUAAAGGUUUUGCUUUGCAUCUGUUUCUAUUUGCAUUUCGAUUGAAGAGAGUUGUUGCUGAGACAGCAGUGUGGGCUACCGACACAGUUUUAGACUAAAGCCCAGCAACGACUGAAAAUAGGGCAAUUUGUGAGCAAAAAGGCAACAGUGUUUAUUCUUCAGGGUAUGGUUUCAAAUUAACUAAAGGCAUUGUUAUUUAUUUAGCAGAGCUCGCAGCAAUUAUGUGAAUUUUUGUUAACACAGCAAUGUUUGCUUUUGUGAAAUAAAAAAUAAGUACGAUCUUAACUCUC